AAAGUUAUCCACUUACAAAGACAUCCGAUAUCACUCGCAUGGCGCACGGGUAACCUGAUCGGCUUGGGCAAAAACGAGGCGGGGUGAUAGACUAAAGGAAUCUAAAGUGAAUACUAAAAACUAUGUCUGUUUCCUCUAGUGAAGUGACAGUGGCAAGAGACAUCAAAAAGGAAAAUGUAAAUUACACGGAGCCUCUCGAGAGCUCCAAGGGGAGUCUGGAGCACGUCAAACUCCUGACUCUGGUCACUCCGGUGGGCACCGGAAUGCUCGUGGGGCAGCAGCAGCACACCUCUCCGCCGGAGCGAAAGAUGCACAUUAUGGACUCUUUGUCUGUGCAUACUUCUCCCACAGCAGCCGCCACUUCUUUGGCUUUCUCGCCGGAGCAGGUUGCUUGCGUUUGCGAGGCGCUUCAGCAGGGAGGCAACGUGGAUCGGCUCGCCCGAUUUCUGUGGUCUCUCCCGCAGAGCGACUUAUUGUGCGGUAACGAGAGUAUCCUCCGCGCUCAGGCGCUGGUGGCCUUCCACCAGGCGCGCUACCAGGAGCUUUACAGCAUCUUGGAGAGCCACAGCUUCAGCCCUUCGUGCCACUCUGCCCUCCAGGAUUUAUGGUACAAAGCUCGGUACACAGAGGCGGAGAAGGCCCGCGGAAGACCGCUGGGCGCGGUGGAUAAAUAUCGCCUGCGACGGAAGUAUCCCCUGCCCCGGACCAUCUGGGAUGGAGAGGAGACGGUGUAUUGCUUCAAAGAGCGCUCCAGAAACGCGCUGAAGGACCUCUAUGAGCAGAACCGGUACCCUUCCCCAGCCGAGAAGAGGAAUCUGGCCAAGAUCACAGGACUUUCUCUGACACAGGUCAGCAACUGGUUCAAAAAUAGGAGGCAGAGAGACAGACACCCCUCCGAGUCGCAAUCCAAAGGUGAGUCUGAUGGAAAUCACAGUACAGAGGAUGAGAGUAGUAAAGGUCAGGUGUCUUUGUCUCCAUGCCCUAUGUCUAUCUGCGGUGAUGGCACCAUGGUUAAUGCAGCUGUGCCUCUCUGCUCUGGAGCUCUGGAUGCCGGAGUCAUGGUCCAGCAGAUUGGAGACAGCAGGAACUCUGUCUCACCACCUUCCGUCAUAUUUAAUGGUGUCUCUGUCAAUGCGCCCACCUCUGUUUUCCACAACGGCACCCCCACCUUCCUGUCCUCCACUGGACAUGUCCUCUUCAGUGGCAUGAACUUGGGACUCCAGCCCCUGGCUUGCAGGUCUGCGGUGGAUGUAGAGCUGGAUGGCACAGUAAAGGAUAAAGGGGUAACUGUGUCAUCAGGGGCAACAGACCCUGCAUUGGAAUACACCUCGUUUCACUGCAGUGUGAAUGGGACAGAGGUGGAGGUGAAAGCAGUAGCUGGCUCGCCAUUUAGUGAUUCCACCUCUAGUGGAUCCCUACAGUUUGAUGGUUACAGCUUGGCGACAAUACCAGGAGUGCUUCCUGAUGGCAACAGAACCUCACUGCUUAGCAACAAGGUGGCACUUCCUCCUUUGCAACUUCCAUCAUCUUCUUCACCCUCAACAGUAACACAAGCUGCUGUGUCAUUGAGUAGUGUCGGUGGCAACACUGCUUCUCCUACAUCUCUAUACCACCUCCAAGUGGAGGAGCAGGACAGGCUGCGGCUGACCACUAUGGAGCCUAGUGCAGUGCUCUACAGCCUGGCUACCGCACACACACUAUCCGCUGUCAAGAAGGAACCUCUGGAGAGUGCUGAUGAAUAUUUUUACCACCCCACACUUCACCUGGAGCAGACUGGCCAUAUGGGUUUCACAGACACCCCUGAGCCCACGCACAGCUCCCCCACCUCACUUAACACUACCAUGACAACUACCCAGCAAGAGUACACCACUCUCACAGUGAGUGCCCCCUUGCUUGCCCAAACUGACCUAACCGGUGAGUUCAGAGGUUUUGACGCCCAAGUGACCUCAAACCUAAAUGGUGACUUCCUGUGUGCAGAUUCAGAGGAGGGGAAGGUUACAGGCGAGAUGGUAAGAGAAAUGGAGGAAGAAGAGGAAAAGCAACUGACUAAACUAAAAACAGUGCAUAUAGAGGAAGAGAUGGCUGACCUUUGAACUUACUGGAAAUUAUUUCUGAUGAUUGUUUUUUAAAUUAUUUAUUUUUUUUAGUUUUUAGUUUUGCGCCUCUAAAUAUUUUGUUUUUAAUAUACGUGUUAAAUUAUUUUAGUAUCUGUCAUCCACAUGGCUUGAUAUUGCACUCCUGUUUGGUUUGGGUUAUUACGCAAAGUCAUAUUCAUCGUUUUUAGGUGUUUGUUUUUCUCUCUCUCUCUAUCUUUCUCUCUUUUUCUCUCAGCAAUUGAGUAUAAUGCAAUAACACCUUUACAUAUUCUUUCCAUGACUUCUUCUUCGCUCUUUUCCCUUUCUUUUUUUUAGAAAUGUGUUUACAACUUUCAAGCUCCAGAUACAAAUUCUAGCAUCAAAGCCAAACAGUUUUCAUUUUCGUUCUGUCUCUCCCUCUAUCUCUCUAUCUCUCUCUGUGGGAAGUGUGGACGCUUGUGUAUUUUAUGGGAGUCACCUGCUAGUUUCUGCCAUUAAGAGCUGAGUUAAACAAACAGGUGGAUUUCUGGUUAUGUGACAUCCAUGUUCUACAAUCCCGCAGUGUCAUCUGGGUCGAACCUAAAAGGUCACCUUCCCUAAUCCACAUACACAUAGUCAUGCACAGACACACUUUAUUUCCAUGCAGAUUAAAUACUUAACAAAUUUGUGUUAGACAUAACAUUGCCUGCAGCUACAUGAAUAAUAUGCAUAUUAGGAAGCCAUUACUGACACAAGUUGUAUGCUGAUGCUAAUGAUGAACAGUUAUCGGUAUAAAUAUUGUGGUUUCAAUAUGUUAUACAGCUGUCAUGAACAGUUUUAGAGUAUUAUGUGUACACAUUAUCUUGUAUCAUCUGCUUAGCAUUAGUGGUUUUGUUUGCGAUGCAAACUGUUUCAGGACAACAAUAUGAAUAACUUAAAGCUUCACCAGGUCAGUCAGAGGAGUGAAGGGAAUAGUUUUUCCCAAAGCAUUUGAAUAAUUCACCAUCUGUGUUUUGCAGAGAUCCAGCAAUCCAAAGGCUGACACAAGCCGACCAUGUAAACAACAAAAAAUGUGCUGCAAAACUGAAUGUCAUGUAAAAGUAAAAGCCAGCAAUAAGACAAAUGCAGCUAUUAGUCUACAUAUACAUCCAAAAAGAUUUAUAUGAUCGUGUUCCUAUGUGCGUAAGUCUGUUAGAAUGCGGAAGUGUGCAAGUGAAUGAGUUUUUGGUUUCGAGUUUGUGCCUUCCCGCUUCCUGAGGCUCGACGUUUGAUUGGACGUCUUUUUUCUUUUUCUUUUCUUUUUUUUACAGUAUUUUAUUCUACAACAACAGCUAUGCAGUUAUCCUGGCAAUAACAGCUGACUUUUAGAAAUGAGGGAUAAUAGCAAUGCUAUUUUACCUUUGUAAACUCAAAGAGGGAUUAUCAGAAAUGAAAGGCACAAUGGUGUGAAAAAUAAACCAAUGCAAAUUUGUAAAUGUAUGAUCAAAAUGUAAAACAGCCUUGUGAAUAUUAUUUUAGC